CUGGUGUCUGGCACCCGCUCCCGCUCGCGGUGAGCUCGUCGCGCGUCUCCUCUCCGCGGAGGCGUCCCGUCUCGCCGCGUCGCGUCGUGUCGUGUGUCUCGUCUUCCAGGGUCGCACGCUCGCCUCGCCUGUCAAGCAAGAGGGGGGUCUCCCCCUUUGUCAGCCGACCGCCGAUCGCUCAGGUAGGAGACUGCGAGACGUCGGAAGAGUGAAGACUCGGAAGGGCCUCGACGGUCUCUCGUUACUUGUCUCGCGUUGCCACCGGGGACCAGUUGACUCCGCUCGCGCCGUCGUCGUCGUCGUCGGCGGAUUGACGAGUUGCUCGCCGCUUGCCUGGAGUCCAGUCGAGAGAGCGAAACCCGGUGGCGUUCCCCCGAUUCCGGAAGAGAGCGUGUAUAGACCAUGAAGGGUCGUCGCCGUCGCCGUCGUCAGGACUGACUCUCGCCUGUCUGGGAAGUCGCGCGGCAAGUCGGUGCGGUGCCCACCUGAUGUCGUCAGCGGUGAUCGCCGCGAGGCUCGUCGCCGAGGCUAACAGCAGCAGCAGAAGGAAUCCUCGAGAAUAGGGUGCCGUCACCUACAACUGAUCGCGCGCGAGAAUAAUGAGAAUCAACGCGACGAAGAUGAGCACUCCGAUCGAGGAGAAGAUUGACCAGAAGCUGAAGGUGCGGACGGGGAUGGUGACGGUCAGCGACGGGAAGAGCAAACCCGUGCCGAUGCGUUUGCACUUGUCUAUGGAGGUAUUGAAGCUUCAACGGGAGGAUCUCGAGCAGGCAGCGAAUCACAAUAAGCCACCUCUGGACGCUAAGGAGCGCAUGGUGCAAAUCACCAGGCAGAAGGUCGGUGGUUUGGGGCUGAGCAUAAAGGGCGGAGCGGAACAUAAGCUUCCAGUACUCAUAUCGAGAAUCUAUAAGGGUCAGGCCGCCGAUCAGUGCGGCCAGCUUUUCGUAGGAGACGCAAUUAUUAAAGUGAAUGGCGAGUAUAUCACGGCGUGCAACCAUGACGACGCUGUCAAUAUUUUGAGGAAUGCCGGUGAUAUAGUGGUUCUAACGGUCAAGCACUAUCGAGCGGCCAAGCCAUUUCUACAGAAGAACGAGAAGGAAGAAAAGCUGGAUAACGUUGCCAAUGGUACGGCGGAAGACGGAUGGAUAUCGCCUAAUAGGCAAGCGGGUAGUCCCAGAUGUAGCCACAGCCGUCAGAGUUCCAAUGCAUCUUCCAGUUCGAUGCAGUAUAAAAGAUGGGUCGACGUAAUCACAGUCCCGUUAAUGAUGGCGUACGUGACGAGGUACAUAUUUGGCACCGACAAACUAAGGAGGAACGCGUUCGAAGUGAGAGGACUUAACGGGGCACGUACAGGAGUGAUACAUUGCGACGAUAGCGCUAUUCUCAGUCAAUGGUUAAAAUAUAUAACUGACAACAUUACAGGAUUGACGCAUUUGCAGAUGAAGUUGUACAAUCGUAAUUUCGGAGUCGGCGAGCGCAUAGAAUACAUGGGCUGGGUGAACGAGGCCGUGAGCAACAGUAAUCAGCCGUGGCAGAGUUACAGACCGAGAUUCUUGGCUCUAAAAGGACCGGACCUAUUGUUGUUUGAGACACCCCCUUGUAACAUAGGCGAUUGGUCACGCUGCGCGUUGACUUUCAAGGUGUACCAGACCAUGUUCCGCGUGAUGCGCGAGUCGGAGAAUGUCGACGAGCGGCAGCAUUGCUUCUUGGCGCAGAGUCCGGGGAAACCGCCGCGCUACCUGAGCGUCGAAACCAGGCAGGAACUCCUGCGGGUCGAGGCGGCGUGGCACACCGCCAUAUGUUCGGCCGUUACGCAUCUGAAGAGUAAAACCUUCCCGGUAACUUUCAACAGCAGGAGCGCGGGUCUAACGUUAGAGUGGACGCAAGGCUUCACGUUGUCGUACGAAGGAAGCGAGAUCGCGUGGCGUUACAAAUUUUCGCAAUUGAGAGGGUCCAGCGACGACGGUAAAAGUAGGCUUAAAUUGCACUUCCAAGAGCCGGACAGCAUCGCCAUCGAAACGAAGGAAUUGGAGUGUUCCCAGUUGCAAAACUUGUUGUUCUGCAUGCAUGCGUUUCUCACCGCGAAGGUAGCCGCGGUGGACCCUACGUUCUUAACGUCGACCACUCCGUAAAGAGAUGUAAUAUAGAUGUAACAGAAAAAACGCCGACGAAUCACCAAGUGAAUCACUUUUGUGAUGUUCUGUUAUCGUUGUUCCGGAUUGGACCGAGCGUGCGCGCUGAAAAAUUGCCAGGAGGAGCCAGAGAAGAAUGAGGAACAGGAAGCGAAACAGAAACUAGUCAAUAUAUCCAAAAAGGUAUUUUUAUCGUUUACAUAUAAAAAAAAAAAUCACCAAGAGGUACUAUACAUGCUCUACUCAUCCUACCAAA